AUGUCACCGUCGGCAGUUUUUGUCCAGUCAAAUGUCGCUGUCGGCAGUUCUUCCGAAAAAUCCUCCCAGAAGACAAAAUGUCGCCAUCUAGGAGAGAAUUUUAGCUGUUUCCUAUUUGGUAAUUUGUAA